AUAUAAAUAAUUAAAUAAAAUAUUUAAAAAAAUGUCCUAAAAAAUCUUUAUAAACAACAUGAUAUGCGAAUAGCAAGGAGAAUCAUUAUUACAACUAACAUAUAAUAUAAAAAUAAAUCAAACUUGUUAAGAAAGUUUGAUUAAAAUCUGGAAAUUAUUUCAUAUUAAUUACUCAGGAUAUAUUCAAAGAGAAUAAUUUUAAAAGUAUGUUUAAAUAUUAUUUAAAUUCCUUGUAAAUAUUUAAGAUAAAGAAUUAUUAAUCUACAUAGCAAAAGAAGAAAUAAAUAAAAUUUGUACACAUAAUGAUAAAGAAUAACUAUCAUUUGAAUUUUUUUGUGAGUUUUUUGCAAAUCUAGCAGUAAGAUUUAUCGAAAACCUUAAUAUUUAAUCCUAUUAAUCAUUUUUAGAUUUAAUUUAUGAUAGAACUACAACUUCAACUUUUAGAAAUGUUUAUGAUAAUAGUUAAAUACAUUUAAAUUACAAAAUUAAGGUUUAUUUGUAUAAUAGAGAUUAAAUAGAAGAAUAAUUUAGUUAAAGUUAAAGAAAUGAUUUCCCUUAAUAUAUUGUUUAUUUCGAAGAAUAAGUACUUCAUGACUAAUAAUUAUUUUUAUCAUUGAAUGAAAGGGAAGAUUUGGUUCUAGAAAGAAAUAUAAUUGAUGAGAAUUAAAUUAUACCACUUGGAUUUUCAGCAGAAAAUGCUAUUCAUGCUAUUAAUAUUAAUAACUUUGCUAUACCAAAUUCUGAAUUUUUUCAUUUACCUUAAAAAAAUAUUCAUUUAUUAGAAUAAGUAAAACUAGUAAUUGCAUGUGAAAAUUAACACAAUUUAAUCAAAAGCCUUGAAAUUGCAUUAAAUCAAAAUGAAGUUAUAUAAAUGAUAGGCUGUUUAGGUGCUCAUUUAUAAAAAUAUCAAUAAAAUGUUUAAUUGCUUCAUAGAAUUAAUUCAUAUUUAGGACAUCCUUUUGCAACUGAAAGUUUAAGAAAUAAAACUGGAAUAGAAUCAAAAUUUAAUAUUCUAAGUGAUUUCUAUAGUAUAGAUGAUUUAGAAGUCGAUUAAAUAGAUUAGCUACACAAAAAACAAAAAUUAAGAAAUGCAUAGAGAAGGAAGUUAAUAGAUACAGAAAACAAGAAAAGGAAUAAAAAAAGACCAAAGGAUUUAAAAGAAUACAUCAGAACUUUAGACUUUAAUUUAAUAAAAUAAAUAUAAAAUCAUAUAGAUUAAAGUAAAUUAAAAAUAAGCUUAAAAGAAUUAAAAUAAGAAAAUUAAAAGUAAAAUUCAGAUCAUACUUUAUAAUUCAGAUAAUUUAUUUCUAAAGGAGGAAAAAUACCCCAGGAUACAUUAGAUGCUUAUAAAGAGGAUGUGUUAGAAUAUGCAAAUAAAAGACCUUUAUAAAUGUUGGUAAUGGGUAAACCAAAAACUGGAAAAAGCAAAUUUUGUUCCUUAUUAUAAAAAAAGAUUGAUAUUAUACAUAUAGAAGCAGGUUUUCUAAUAGAAAAAUUAAUGAUUAGAGUAAAAGAAAAUGAAGCAAAUGCAACAGAAGAAGAACCUGAUAAAAGCUUACCUUGGGAAAAAGAAAUAGUUAAGGAAUUGUUAGAAGGAAAAAGUAUAUCGGGAAAUAAUUUGAUUGAAUUAAUUAAUAAUGAACUUUAGAAUGAUUUACCUUAAAACAAAGGAUUCAUUUUGGAUGUUCCUUUGUGUUUUUCUUAAGGGGAAGUAGAUUGGAUUGAUGCUAUAAUUAAAAAUAAAGUCGCUUUACCUAAAAUUGGAUGUAGAUAUUUUUCACAUAUAAUAGAAUUUUCAUGUGAAGAUGAUGAUGUAUUAAAGUUUGGAGGAUCUGUUAUGGAGUUAUAUGGAGAAAAUUUGAAAAUUUUUUCAGAAAGAGAAAGAGAAAUUUCAAGAUAACCUAAAAAAAGAUUAAAUGAUGACGGAGAAGAGGUCCCUGAAGAAGAAGAAGCAAAUGAAGAAGAUGAAGAGGGGAAAAAACCUCUAUUUGAAAACGAAAUGCUUUAUCGACCUUGUGAAGUUGAAUAAAUAUUAAAGGAACAUUUGAAUUAAUAUAAUAAUCUUUAAAGAAAACGCGCAAAUGAGUUUUUAUAACAUUUAACUGAAAAUGAGCAUAUUGUAGUCAACCUAAAUGGAUAAUCAGAUGAGGAACUUGUUGAAUAUAUAUAUUAAUGUCUUGGUGAUGAAGUUUAACCUUUAAGACCUUUAGCUGUUAAACUUGAUGGAGGUUCUGAAAAAGAUCUUCUUACAUAAGGUUUGGAAGAAACUAAAAUGGUUAGAAAAUGGUCUCCUUGGCAAUAAGUAGAUCCUGUAGAAUUAAGUAAAGGAAGACUUUUGAUAGGAAAAGGGGAAUUUGCUUGUGAUUACGCUGGAAGAGUUUUCCUUUUCGAAAAUGAAGAAAAUCAAAACGCAUUUGAAAGAAAUGCAAGAAAAUAUUUGUAAAAAGAACCUUAGUUACCUAAAACAUACAAUAUUGCUAUUAUUGGACCUAGAUAAUCAGGGAAAAAAACUAUGGCGAAUAAACUUGCGGAUUAAUACGGAUUCUUGGUUGUUGAUUUGGAAGCUAUUAUUGGGGAAAUUCUUGAGUGGCAAAAGUAAUAAGAAAUUGAAAUAGGGUAACAUAUAGUUUCUAAUUUUGAUUCGAAAAUUAACCAUAUUCAUUUUUCAGCUGAAGAAUGGAAAGAUAUUUAAAAAGGAGGUUUGAUUUCAGCAAAAGAUAUAUGGCCAAUAGUUUUACAUAAAUUAGGAAUUACUUUAUAAAAAAAGCCUGAAAAUUGGGGUGUAGAGAAAAACGAAGACGAAUAAGAAUUGGAUGAAGAAGCCAAGGCAGCAGCAGAAUAAGCAGCUAAAAAGGCAGCUACAAAAAAAGCUUAAAUGAAUAAGAAAGGCGCGAAAAAAGAAGUUGAUGAUGAAAGACCUGUAACACCUCCGAUAGAAGACUUAUCAUUAAAGAAUUUAAUUUAAGUUAUUUAACCUGAUGGUAAAUUAAAGCCUGUUUAAGGUUUGUGUAUAAUUGGUUAUCCUACAAAUGAAUAAGAAAUUAGUAUGCUUAAAUAUCAUAAUAUUUUGCUCGACAAGAUUAUUGUUUUGAAUGAUAAAGGAGAAGAAGAAGAAGGAAAAGUUCUGAAAACUAUAAAAAACAUGGAAGAUUAAGUUCUUAAUAUUGAAAACGAAGUUAAAUACAUAACUGAUGCAACAGCAGUUUUAAAAGAACAGUAUAGUGAAGAUUCUGUUAAAGAAAUUCCCAUUGAAGGUACCGAAUUGGAAGUUUAUAAUAGAAUUAGAGUUUAAUUAGAUCCUUUUUUUAUACGAUUCGAUACUGAAGAAUUAGCUAGAUAUCCAGCUGAUGUUGGAGAGGAAGAUGAUCCUAUUACUUGGGGUGAAUAUGGUAGUUAUUGCCCUAUUAUUUUUAAGGAUGAAUAAUGGCUUGUGCCAGGUAGAGGAGAUAACGAAGUUAUUGUAAGAGGCAAAAGACAUAAAUUUUAUUCAGAAGAACAAAAAAAGAAAUUCUAAGAAAAUACUUGGAAAUAUGUUGAUGGUAGUCAUCAUUUAGAAUUACCUCCACCUCGUAUCUUACUUAUGGGAGUUAGAGGUUCUGGUUUACAUACUUAAUUAUAAAAACUUUAUGAAAAAUAUAAAAUUCCAGUUAUGGAUUUAAAAUAGAAUUUAAUUAAUCAUAUUCUUAAUGAAAAGGAAAAAAGAAGAUAAGAUCGUGUAUUCUAGAAAGGUUUUAAGCCUUAAGAAAAAGAUGAGGAAGGAAAUAUAAUAGAAGAUCCAGAAAUAAAAGAAGAAGCAGCUGAUUUCGACAAAAGAAUUGAAGAAAUUCGCUUAAUGAAAUUAAUAAUGAGUGAUGUAAAAUAAGUUUUUAUAAAUGGGAAUUUCUUUGAUUUAGAAGAAGAUUUAAUUUCCAUGUCUUUACCUGAACUUCUAUCUGAAUCUCGAAAAUUACCAGAAUGUGUACUUUUGUUAAAAGUUGAUGAAAAAAAUUUCAUGGAAAGAUAAUUUAAUUAAAAAGAAAUUGAAGAUCUUUACAAUAAGAAGAUGGAAGAAAGACGUUUAGAGAAACAAAGAGAAAAAGAAAGGCUUCGUUAAGAAAAAUUAGCUGAAUUAGCAGCAAAUUUAUAAGAGGGAGAAGAAAUGCCUUAGUUGGAAGAAGAAGAAGAAGAACCAGAAGACCAAGAAGAUCCUGAAGCACCAAAUUUAUUAGAAAUGAUAAACGAGAAAAAAGCAAAAUUAACUGAAUAAAGAGAAUCUGAUUUAGCAAAAUUAGAAGAAUAUAAAACUGCUUUUGAAGAUUUAGGUAUUUAGGUUAUUGAAAUUACUUGCGAAAGGUCUAUCUAGCAUGUUUUUGAUAAAAUAACUUAUAAUUUAAAACCCUUUUUGGAAGAAAGAUAGAACAAAUUAGAAUAAUAACAAACUUAUGUCCUCAAAAAACCCCAAAAAGAGGAAAAUGAAGAAGAAGAAAAGCCUUUCCGUUUAUAAUAUUUUGAAAAGAGUUACACAUAUAGAAAAAGUAGAUUUGGAGAAAAAAAUCCUUUAAGUCUUUUGGAAAUUCCUAAAAUAAAAGAUUUCCCUUUAUUAUAUAGAGAUAGAAUUUACUAUUUCCAUUCAGAAGAAGAAGUUUUAAAAGCAUCAAAAGAGCCUUUGAAAUACAUUAAAAAUAAUUGCUUCCCAAAAGACGUGAAUAUUAAACCUAUUGUUUUUGUUAUAGGAAAACCUAAAACUGGGAAAUCUACAUUAAGUAAAAUAAUAGAAGAAUAGCUAGGAAUAGUACGUAUAAAAUUGUCUUCUGUUUUAGAAGAUUAUGGACCAUAACAUCCCUGUUUAACUUACUAAAAUGCUCGAGAAGUUCUUUAAUAAGGAGAAUCUCUUUCUGAUUAAUAGGUUGUUGAUUUGGUUUUAUAAAGGGUCUAAAUGGCUGAUUGUAAAGCUAGUGGAUGGGUUUUAGAUGGAUUACCUUAAAAUAAAUAAUAAGCAAUUUUAUUCUAAUAAAAAGGAGUAGUUCCUUAUGCUGUUCUUUCAUUAUAAUUGAAUGAUUCAGAAAUAAAAAAAAGAGCUUAAAAACAAACUAAAAAUAAAAACAAAUUCGGAUAUAAUCAAAUUAUUUUGCAUGAAAAAUUAUAAGCAUGUGAAAAUGAUAUUUUAGAAAAUUUCUAUCUUACUACGUUUAAUAAUGUACGCUUUUUGGAUGCCAAAAUAUCUAAAUGGGGAGUUUUUGACCUUGCUAAAUUAUAUAUUGGAUAAACUACUUUGAGUAGAUAAUAAUUUUCAAGGGCUUUAAUUACUAAUGAACCUGUAAAUAUAGGAUAAUUAGGACUUACUAUAAACGAAAUACUGUAAAAUAUGUCAACAUUUAAAAACAUUUCUCCUGUAGCGCUUAAAACUAAAAAGUUUUACGUUUAAAAUAAUAUUAGACAUCCUUUUAUUGCUUAUUUUGAUGGAUAUAUUUAUGUACUUGAUAAUGAAUAGGAAUUGCAUGAUUUCCUUAAUAGACCUGAUUUAUAUGUUUAUUAGUAUAUUGAUGAUGAUCUUCCAUCUAAAGUUCCUAUUGAUAAUAUAAUUGAGAAAUAUAAUACUGUAAAUAAUAAAGGAUAUUGUACAGGAUUUUUAAGAAAUGAUUAGUUAAAAAAAAGCUAACCAAGUCUUCUUGUAGAAUACAAAGGAGGUAUUUAUUCAUUUUCAUCAACCUAAUAUCAAGUAAGGUUCAAAUAGAUGCCUUAAGAUUACGAAAAUAUUAAAUUACAUGAUAAAUUGCCUGUUUAAUUUGAUCCUCUUAAUUUAGUUAAAAAAGUUGCAAAAAAAGGAGAUUGCACUGCAUUUUUGGAACAUCAUUUAGGAAAUAUUGUUAUGAGAGUUUUAGCUUAAUUAGGUUAUAAAAGGAUAAAAUACCCAACUUUAAAUUGUAAAGAAACGGCUCUUAAAUAUAUUGCAAUCUCUUUAAAAGCUUGUAAUCCUAAUAAAGAUGAAAAUUAUAGAUAAAAAUAUUAACAAAGAUUAUAGUAAUUUAUUAAACAUUGUUAUUAUAGUGAAGAGAUGAAAGAAGAAUAAAAAAGAAAAAGUUUUUGGAAUGACUGGGACGAAGAAAACCUUUUGAAAAUAACAAAGGAAUUCAAAGAAUUCAUGGAUACUGUUGAAAGUAAUGAUAAAGAGGUUUAUUUUGAAAGAUUUAUUAGAUGA